AAUCCGGCUGAUGGCAAACUAGAGCAUACUUGGAUCUAGACUCCCCAUGGAUCUCAUCUGAAGAAUAAUUGAUCCCUAAUAAGACGGACAGAUGAUAAAAAUGAAGAAAAUCGAGAAAGAGAAUGAAGGAGUUGGAGGAGAGAGAAAAUCCGAAAAAGAUCAGAGCUGGAUCCCAAAGAUGAUUAAAAAGAGAGUGUGCACCACCUUUGUGGAGGACUCAUCCAGUAGUGGGGCUUUGUGCCAGUGUGGUGGACCACGGGACAUCCAUGCAUCCAUAACGACUGAUCAUGUGAUCAGCCAGUGGGACAGUGAAGAACACACCUCUGAAUACCCCACCGAUGCCUUUGGACAGCUGGAGUUUGCUGGAGCCGGACGCAGAAACAGUCCAUUUCUGCGCCUGGCACAUGAUACACCUCCGGACAAUGUAUACUCGCUGAUGACGUCACAGUGGGGCCUGCCGAUACCCAAUCUGGUGGUGUCUGUGGUGGGGGGAGAGGGGAAAGAGAAGGUGAAACCCUGGGUGCGAGAAGUGAUCAGACAGGGUCUAGUCCGGGCCGCACAGAGCACAGGGGCUUGGAUCAUAACGUCAGGUCUGAGGGAGGGUGUUGGCCGUUGUGUAGGUGAGGCAGUAAGGGAUCAUUGUGCAACAGCUUCAUCUCUUUCCCAGGCCAAAGUUAUAGCUGUUGGUGUUGCGCCCUGGGGAUUGAUUUACCAACGUCAGCAACUCGUAAACCCACAGGGUAGUUUCCCAGCGCGGUACUAUGUGCACAACAUGCCCCAUGAAUGCAGCUGCCUGGACAACAACCACCAGGCCUUCCUUUUGGUGGAUGAUGGGAGUGUAGGACACAGAGGUAGUGAAACAAUGUUCAGAGCCAACCUGGAGGACUUCAUCUCCCAUCAGCGCACUGGCAUCUGGGGUAGUGGAAGCAUUGAGAUUCCUGUUUUGUGUGUGCUGAUCGCAGGAGAUGCUGCAAUGCUGGAGAGAGUGGAUUUAUCUCUGAAAAACACCACUCCAUGGUUGGUGCUGGCUGGCUCGGGUCCAGCGGCAGACCUGAUAGCGGCAAUACUGAAGGAUCUCAACAUACCUCUGAGUCCACCAGUGAGUCCCACUUUACCGACCGCUGCCGAGGAAAGCAGGAAAAGUGCCAGUGUUGAGCUGAGGGACCAAGUGAGAGAGAAAAUGAAGAAACACUUCCCUUCUGAGACUGAACUGGAGAAGCUUGUGGAUCAGGCACUUAGUAUCUAUCACAACCGAGAUCUGAUCACUGUGUUUCAUGGAGACCAGGAAGGGCGAGAUGACUUUGACAGAAUCAUCCUUAGAGCUCUCGUAAGAGCUGCUAAACGGGAUGCUAAUGAUCCUAGCGAGUACACUGAAGAGCUGAAGCUGGCAGUGGCCUGGGACAGAGUGGAUAUCGCCAAGAGUGAACUCUUUAAUGGUGGCAUCCAGUGGAGGUAUGAAGACCUUGAGGAAUCAAUGACUGAUGCGCUGGUGAACGACAAGCCCCAUUUUGUGCGUCUGUUCGUGGAAAACGGCUUAAACAUUCUGGACUAUCUGACGUAUCAUCGUUUAGAGAGUCUUUACAGCUCACUGUCAGACUGCAAUCUGGUGUCCUCAUUCCUCCAGAGGAGGCUGCAGGAACGAGUGGGCUUAGUUGGCUCUCAGACCCGCUUAGCUUUACAUGAUGAGAAUGACUCUUUCAAGAGCCACGCCACCACCCUCACCACCCCGUCUGCUGCUCGAGACCUCACCCUGUAUGAGGUUUCACGGGUGUUAUCAGAAAUCAUGGAAGAUGUCUGCCAGCCAUUUUACUACGCUCCUCUUGGAGUAGAACAGGGAUGGGCCUCAAGGAAAGCAAUGAAGCAUGUGAAUAAGUUGCUGCGAACUGAGAGUGUGUACCGGAAACAGCGCUGUAUGUCUCCCUGGAUAGCUCUGUUCAUUUGGGCUGUUCUUCAGAAUCGCAGAGAAAUGUCUAUCUACUUCUGGGAAAUGGCGGGGGAGUCGGUGCUAAGUGCUCUUGCUGGGUGUAAGAUAUUAAGAGAGCUCGCCAAGUUGGAGACAGAGACUGAGACCAAGCUUUCCAUGAAAGAACUUGCUCAAACCUUCGAGAAUCUGGCACAUGAUGUGUUCAGUGAGUGUUACCAGAGCAAUGAGAGCCGCUCUUUCAAGCUUCUCAUCAGACAGUCACCUGUAUGGGGUAGCGCCACCUGUCUGCAGAUGGCCACCGCAGCUGACGCCCGCCUCUUCUUCAGCCAUGAUGGAGUGCAGACUUUACUGUCAGAGAUUUGGUGGGGGGACAUGGACAGCAAUACAGAAGUGUGGAAACUAGUCCUCUCGUUUUUUCUGCCUCCCUUGAUCUACACCAACCUCAUCAGUUUCAAGGAGCAGGAGAAGAACGAAAAGCCAGAGGAAUUUCAUCAGGGUAAAGAAUUAGACAGCGUCGAUGGAGCCGAGUCAUUGGCUGAUGUUAUAAACACGGAGGACGACGUGGAGGAAUGUAACGCUUUAAGAGGAAAACCGGAAGCAUCAAAGGCGAUCACUCUAAAACGGCCUUUUUUAUUGCACCGAUGGCGGCAGUUCUGGUUUGCACCGGUCACUUCGUUUCUAGGCAACGUGUUGAUGUACUUCCUCUUCCUUUUCCUGUUUGCUUACAUCCUAUUGGUUGACUUCAAGCCCCCGCCUCCCGACGGACCCGCCCCCUCAGAGCUUGUGUUGUAUUUCUGGGUUUUUACUCUGGUCUGUGAGGAGAUUCGACAGACGUUUUUUGUAGGAUCUACCACUGUACUUCAAAGAAUGAAGUUGUACAUCCAAGACAUCUGGAACAAGUGUGACAUCACGGCCCUCGCGCUCUUCAUUCUUGGGCUUAUCUGCAGGAUGUUUCCAUGGACGUAUAAUUUCGGUCGUGCGGUACUGUGUGUCGACUAUGUGGUCUUCACGCUCAGACUCAUUCAUAUAUUUGCAGUUCACAAACAACUUGGUCCCAAAAUAAUAAUAGUUGGGAAAAUGGUGAAAGAUGUGUUUUUCUUCCUGUUCUUCCUGGGGGUGUGGCUAAUGGCAUAUGGAGUAGCCAAUCAGGCGCUGCUGUACUCCUAUGACUCUCGUCCUGGUUGGAUAAUUCGGCGAGUGUUCUACAGGCCAUACAUGCACAUAUAUGGGCAGAUACCACUGGAUGAAAUUGAUGCUGACAAGCGACAGGAGAGAGAGUGUACAGAUAAUGUCACGCUCAUCCAUCAGGGGGCGGAGCCAUGCCCACAGUCUGAUGCUAACUGGCUGGUUCUUAUUCUGCUGUCAGUCUACUUGUUGGUCACCAAUAUUCUGUUGGUGAACUUGCUCAUUGCAAUGUUCAGUUACACAUUCAAUAAAGUCCAGGAGCACAGUGAUGUACACUGGAAGUUCCAGCGCUACAACCUGAUCGUGGAGUACCACUCUCGCCCCUGCCUCUCCCCGCCCUUCAUCAUCAUCUCCCACCUCCAUAUCUUCUUCAAAAGAGUCAUUCAGAGAUUGCCCUCCAAUAAGAGCCAACACUUUAGAACUAUCCCUAGAGAGCUCUCCAAGUUGGAGACAGAGACUGAGACCAAGCUCUCAAUGAAAGAACUUGCUCAAACCUUUGAGAAUCUGGCUCAUGAUGUGUUCAGUGAGUGUUACCAGAGCAAUGAGAGCCGCUCUUUCAAGCUUCUCAUCAGACAGUCACCUGUAUGGGGUAGCGCCACCUGUCUGCAGAUGGCCACCGCGGCUGACGCCCGCCUCUUCUUCAGCCAUGAUGGAGUGCAGACUUUACUGUCAGAGAUUUGGUGGGGGGACAUGGACAGCAAUACAGAAGUGUGGAAACUAGUCCUCUCGUUUUUUCUGCCUCCCUUGAUCUACACCAACCUCAUCAGUUUCAAGGAGCAGGAGAAGAACGAAAAGCCAGAGGAAUUUCAUCAGGGUAAAGAAUUAGACAGCGUCGAUGGAGCCGAGUCAUUGGCUGAUGUUAUAAACACGGAGGACGACGUGGAGGAAUGUAACGCUUUAAGAGGAAAACCGGAAGCAUCAAAGGCGAUCACUCUAAAACGGCCUUUUUUAUUGCACCGAUGGCGGCAGUUCUGGUUUGCACCGGUCACUUCGUUUCUAGGCAACGUGUUGAUGUACUUCCUCUUCCUUUUCCUGUUUGCUUACAUCCUAUUGGUUGACUUCAAGCCCCCGCCUCCCGACGGACCCGCCCCCUCAGAGCUUGUGUUGUAUUUCUGGGUUUUUACUCUGGUCUGUGAGGAGAUUCGACAGACGUUUUUUGUAGGAUCUACCACUGUACUUCAAAGAAUGAAGUUGUACAUCCAAGACAUCUGGAACAAGUGUGACAUCACGGCCCUCGCGCUCUUCAUUCUUGGGCUUAUCUGCAGGAUGUUUCCAUGGACGUAUAAUUUCGGUCGUGCGGUACUGUGUGUCGACUAUGUGGUCUUCACGCUCAGACUCAUUCAUAUAUUUGCAGUUCACAAACAACUUGGUCCCAAAAUAAUAAUAGUUGGGAAAAUGGUGAAAGAUGUGUUUUUCUUCCUGUUCUUCCUGGGGGUGUGGCUAAUGGCAUAUGGAGUAGCCAAUCAGGCGCUGCUGUACUCCUAUGACUCUCGUCCUGGUUGGAUAAUUCGGCGAGUGUUCUACAGGCCAUACAUGCACAUAUAUGGGCAGAUACCACUGGAUGAAAUUGAUGCUGACAAGCGACAGGAGAGAGAGUGUACAGAUAAUGUCACGCUCAUCCAUCAGGGGGCGGAGCCAUGCCCACAGUCUGAUGCUAACUGGCUGGUUCUUAUUCUGCUGUCAGUCUACUUGUUGGUCACCAAUAUUCUGUUGGUGAACUUGCUCAUUGCAAUGUUCAGUUACACAUUCAAUAAAGUCCAGGAGCACAGUGAUGUACACUGGAAGUUCCAGCGCUACAACCUGAUCGUGGAGUACCACUCUCGCCCCUGCCUCUCCCCGCCCUUCAUCAUCAUCUCCCACCUCCAUAUCUUCUUCAAAAGAGUCAUUCAGAGAUUGCCCUCCAAUAAGAGCCAACACUUUAUGUUGGACCUGAAAAGCAAAGAGGCCAGUUUGCUAAACACAUGGGAGUCGACGCUGAAGGAGAACCUGCUUUCCACACAAGGAAAGAAACAACGAGAGAGUGACACGGAGCGGCUCAAACGCACCUCCACAAAGGUGGACAGUGUCCUGAAGCAGAUGUCGGAGAUUCGCGAUCACGAUCGCAGGUUGAGAAAACUGGAGUCGGAGGUGGAGUACUGCUCUACUGCCCUCUCCUGGAUAGUGGAGGCGCUGUCUCAGAGCGAUCUUGUAAAGCAGACACGUCCACCUCCUCUUCCUUCCAAAGGUAUUGCUUCUAAACGGCCCACUUUUUCCAGAUCAAAAUUAUGCUGAUAAUGCAGAUACGUAAUCGUGUGCAUAUUUUAUGAACUUAUUUUUUGUGUGAUCCUUUGUGCCAUUUCAGCUUGACAUGUUAAAUGUCAAGAAGACAUUGUUUUUUUUAGAUUUCUUACAUUGUAUCAGAAAGAAUGAUAUGAUUUGUUCUAAAGUUUUGAAAUAUCAUAUUUUGAUUUAAUUAUUUGAGUUGACAAACCUCACCUAGGGGCAUGGAGUAAACUCUCCUUUGAUAGAAAAGAAAAAGAAAACAAUAAAAAUAAUGUAUUUAUGAUCAAAAAAU